GCCAUUUAUGUCUGAAUGUUGUCAGAGGUAACCCCGGAAGUGGAACCGAACAUUUGAUGCUUAGCCCUUCGACUGCAGAAUAGAAAUGUUUUCACCCCAAUAGUACAAAACAAUAGUCUUCGAAUUUCCGUUACAUUGCAUAUAGAAUCGACGAGGAGAAAUAUUCUGAGCGUAUCCCGUUGACGGUCAGGGCAGAUGACGUCUGCGAACACCCCCGACAGUUCACCCAGGCUGGGCCUCAAGCCCCGACCCCGCCUCUUCUCGGGACAUCGCCCGGCUUUGGUAGCGUUUCUAUCGUUAGCACUGCUGUGUGCUUACGGCUGGAAAUGGAGCGUGGGUCAGCGAUGGGCAGUGGAAACAUACGAUACAUCGGCAUCAUCUCUAAACACUUCCAACUCAGGAGAGAAGACGCGGGGCACCACAGAUAACAGACACAUGGUGAGGCUGGAACCAGAGAUCUUUGCGGAAAUCCCACGUGAGACUCUACCUGAUUUCAAGAACCCGUGUUGGUAUGAGAAGGUCCCAGAAACAAAACUGGACUCAAAUCCGUACAAAACAGGCAAAUACUGCAACUCCGGCGGAAAAACGAUGAAGACCCUGAAUGGGCUAUCCAAACACUUCCGGGACCGACUCAAACACAACGAGACAGGGUAUUUUCGAUUGAGAUGUUUGCCGUACUUCUACAUCAUCGGCAUGCCCAAGUGUGGGACCUCUGACCUCUACUAUCGGCUGACUCAGCACCCGGCUGUUGUCGGCGGGUUGAAGAAAGAGCCCCAUUAUUGGACCAGAAAGUGCUUUUACAACCAAAUGACCGGAGUUAUUCCAAGCGUCACAGUCCCUGUCCAAGACUAUCUGGAUCUGUUUGACGGAGCGGCGUGGAGCAUCCAGUCCAGGGUCAACAAACGUCUGACAUCUUCGGGGCAGGAGGUUGUCAAUCAUGACGUCAUCACAGGUGAAGCCAGCGUGUCCACCCUGUAUGAUAACCGGCGAUGGGGACCAGAGUCGUGGGACGUCUCUACAAACGAGCCCGCCGUCCUGGUGGUGAACCUGCUGCGGGCCGUCCAGCCGCACGCCAAGUUUAUCCUCACGAUCAGGGACCCUGCGGAAAGAUUGUACUCGGAAUAUCUGUACUUCACCCAAGGUAAGAAGUCAGCGGCAAAGUUUCACGAGGACGUCAUCAUCGCUGUUGAUGGUUUCAACGCCUGCCUCAAGAACGAUUCCGUCCGCUCGUGCACUUACCAACCCAACCUUGUGAAAACGCGAAGCGUGAGACUACAGCUGGGGCUGUAUGAGGUGUACCUGCGGGACUGGUUCUCUGUGUUCCCCCCGGAACAGAUCCUGGUUCAGCGGCUGGAAGACCACUCUAAGAACCCGCGAGUGACAAUGACCAGGGUCUUCGAGUUCCUACGGCUGGGACCUGUUCAAGGCAAAUCUCAGAAAGCCAUCUUUACCUCGAAGAAGGGACACGCCCGGAGAUCGCAGGACGUCCGACUGGGCCCGAUGUUGCCGAAGACUCGGCAAAUUCUGGACGAGUUUUACCGACCACACAAUCGGCGACUUGCGGCGCUUUUGAACGACACGAGAUUCCUCUGGCUAAAGGACGGUUCUGUUUGAUAAGUGUGCUGC